GAAAAUUAUAAAGCAUAUUAAAAUACUUAUGGCAAAGUUUUGAAUACCCAAAACAAAAGCAACAGCAAACAAAAAAAUUGCAAAGUAAAACGAACUUGCGCAACAAAAAAGUUUCGCCACUAAAGAGCAAUAGCAGUCAAGUGCAACAACAACAACAGCAACAGAAACAACAACAGCAACUAGCCGCAACAAGAACAACAUGGGAAAAAAGAGCUCCAAGUUGAAACAGGAUACCAUUGAUCGCUUAACAACGGACACAUACUUCACAGAGAAAGAAAUACGUCAAUGGCACAAAGGAUUCCUGAAAGACUGUCCCAACGGCCUGCUCACAGAGCAAGGCUUCAUCAAAAUCUACAAACAAUUCUUUCCACAAGGCGAUCCCAGUAAAUUCGCAUCGCUCGUCUUUCGUGUCUUCGAUGAGAACAAUGAUGGCUCCAUCGAGUUUGAGGAGUUCAUACGCGCCUUAUCCGUCACAUCGAAGGGCAACCUGGACGAAAAACUGCAGUGGGCCUUCCGUCUAUACGAUGUGGACAACGAUGGCUACAUAACGCGGGAGGAGAUGUACAACAUAGUGGAUGCGAUCUAUCAGAUGGUGGGCCAGCAGCCGCAAUCGGAGGACGAGAAUACGCCGCAGAAGCGAGUGGACAAGAUCUUCGAUCAAAUGGAUAAAAACCACGACGGCAAAUUAACAUUAGAAGAAUUUCGUGAGGGUAGUAAAGCUGAUCCACGUAUAGUUCAGGCGUUAAGUUUAGGUGGUGGUUAAACCGAUUAACAAUGGCCGUUUACCGAUAUAACCAACAGACCCAAUUCCAAUUCCACAAAAAUCAAGCGCGCAAUAAACCAAAAAAAAAAUCCCUCGAUACUGACACUGAAAUUUGAUCUAAAAAAAAACCGAAAAGUAAAGUAAAGAAAAUUAUUGGGGAGGGGGAGGUACGGUGCCACGCCCCCCUCCCCUUCGUUUGCAUUCGCUUCUUCUCACUCUUCACUAAUUCUCUUCUCUCUACGCUUUUCUCAAUUCUCAAUUCUCGAUUCUCCGCGCGUCGCUUGCGACACUGAAGAUGAUAAUAAUUUUUUGAUAUAUGCAUAAAGUAUAACUAAAAAAAAACAAGAUGGAAAACCAAAUAAACGAACCGCAAACGAAACGAGAAUGAAAUUAAUUUUUAAAUAUACACCAAAAUAUAAAUAUAUAUAUAGGAAAUCAUGGCGUAGUCAGAGCGCAGUUCAUAGCAAUAAUGGAAAAACCAAAAAUGAUAGAA